AUGGUGCCGCCCGCUUUUCCACUUCAUCCUGAAAAGGAUAUCGACUUUGAAGAUGCCACGUACCGAGGCGAGUUGAAAAACCACUUGUAUGAAUUUGCCGACUACCUGAUCGACAACUUCUUUCUCCCGCUCAAAGCAUUAACCAAAAAGACACCACAACCUACGCCAGCAUCUCACUCAGCUGUCAUGAAACCCCAACGCCAGGAUCGUGUCUUUUCUGAUACGCCAGAGCGCCUAGCCACUCUCAGGGGUGCCUGCCUCAUACGCGACUGGCAUCGUGGUGUUAUUUCACGCAAGUUCGACAGGGCUGAAGCUCUGAAGCGCUUCCAGCAACAUGGUGACAAUAAGGCUGUUGACCAAGACGACGUUCCUUUGGCUGAGCCAGGGCAGAUGUUCGACUAUCUGGAGGUCGCACACAUUCUUUCACACUCCCUCACUCAGCUAAACUCUUCAAAAGAGCUGAACUCUUCAAAAGUAGCGGGCACUGGCGAUACUUAA